GAGAAGACCCGGCAUGGGGCAUUAAAGCGGCGGUUCCGCUCGCGCUCUGGACUCGAGCGCGGUGGCGGCGGCUGUUGGAGGCGCGGACCGAAGGGCGGCGGCUGCUGAGACUAGACCUUACUUCUUUUUGAUCAACUCCUUUUAAAGCAACAUCUCAUCAUGGCUGAAUUGUCACCUGAAGAAAUUCAAUUGAGGGCCCACCAAGUCACUGAUGAGUCUUUGGAAAGCACAAGGAGGAUUCUUGGCCUGGCUGUUGAGUCCCAGGAUGCAGGAAUCAAGACAAUCACCAUGCUGGAUGAACAAGGAGAACAACUAACCCGUAUAGAAGAAGGCAUGGACCAAAUAAACAAGGACAUGAAAGAAGCUGAAAAGACCUUGACAGAACUCAACAAGUGUUGUGGCCUCUGUGUCUGUCCUUGCAACAGAACAAAGAACUUUGAGUCUGGUAAGUCAUACAAGUCAACCUGGGGUGAUGGUGUGGAGAACUCAACAGACCGUAUUGUAUCCAGCCAGCCAGGACGUGUAAUAAAUAAUCAGCCACAGACCACUGGAGGAGCAAGUGGGGGAUAUGUUACACGGAUAACAAACGAUGCCAGAGAGGAUGAGAUGGAUGAAAAUCUCGCUCAGGUGGGAAAUAUCCUGGGGAACUUGAAAAACCUGGCUUUGGAUAUGGGCAAUGAGAUUGAUUCACAAAACAAGAAAAUAGACCGGAUAAACGAGAAGGCGGAUACCAACAAAGAUCGUAUUGAGCAAGCCAAUGUCCGAGCCAAGAAACUCAUUGAUAGUUAAUGAGCUUUCUGCCAUUGUCCAGUGUCUUUCUCCAGCUGCAAGUCACCAUUUUCAUAUCUGUGAAAUUUUCUGUAUUUCAAAACAACAGGGGUAGCAGAGUCGGGAAGAGAGUGCAGCAGGUUGCUUUUUAUAGUACUUGUUUUCUUAUCCUUGUGUGCAGAUUUUGCUUUGACUCCAUCAGAGCAGCAACAGAGCUCCUAAUCAUCUGCCCUACCUUCUUAAACCUGCUCAGGGCUUAGUUUUACAGCUUUGAGAAUGUUCUUUCUCUUAUUCUCCCUCACAACACAAAGUAUUCUAUUAAAAUGGAAUAAACAGGGUGGUAUAAUUGUGGAAAGGUUGGAGAGGAGACUUUACAAAUUUUUGGGUUUUUUAAUUACUUCACUUAGAGUUGUGCAUUCUCCCUAAAAUAGGAACUCGGUGAUGCUUAUUACUUGUAUUUCUUAGUUUAGCAGGAUAACCAUAGUUUUACGGACACUUAGUUUAAUUUCCAAUACAUAUAUGAAAUCCAUAUAUAAACUACCAAAUUUAAGAAGUUCUGGCCCACUGGCUACUUGUGGGUUGAGGGCUUUAAAACAUACACACUGUAAUUUGAAGGAAAUGGGAGGGGAACACAUGCAUUUUCAUUCUUUGAAUGUGAAGUGAUGUUGAUGUAGAGACUGUGGUUAACAAAUUAUGCUGCAUUUUCUGGUAAUACUUGUAUUGUGUAUAUAAUUGAUUUUAAACACCAUGCACCUAUUUUACUGUUGAACAGAAGAAAAUAACUCGGUUCCCAUAUUUAUGCAAUGGAAAAGAUUUUAUAUCACACUUCUAAAUAUUUUCUUUAAAAGUAGGCUCAACAAAGCUUUAGAUAAAAAUGUAAGAUUAAUUGAAAACUUAAGUCUCCAGAAAAACAUCAGACAAACUCUGAAUCUGACCACCUAUAGUAAGCAUGCAAAUUUCCCAUCUGGAUUCCAUAUCAAAUUCACCUUUGUCAGUUCUCCCUGGAAUUUGGGUUGUGCCUUUCUCCACUUCAGUACCACAAAUCUCACCAAGUUCUGUUCUCCCACCGUGUGUUAGGGGCAGCUUUUUUUAAACCUCUGAAUGGAUAUUAAAUAAUGAACGAGGGAGAACAAAUUUCUUCACACAUUUAAGUACAGUUUUUCUCAGUCUUUUAGUUUUUAACCAUGUAUACACCAUAAUUCACCCGCUAUUCUGCAUGAUACUUCUGAACUAUGCAUGUGCUACUUUCCCACCUAAUCUUAAUUUAAAUUAAGAUGUAUACCAGAUAGCUGCUGUCCACUUAUUCAAAAAGUUUUAUGUUUCAUGAAGUUAAAUUUUUGCUUGGCAACAUGUCACAAUAAGUAGAACAUUUAAAAUACUACCUUGCUAUAAUGAAUGCUUCAUAUGAAGGAACUACUUCUGUACCUCUCUUCUUACCCUGUUCUGGGAAUAAGAUGCUUGCUCUAUCUUUACUAUAAUCAGUUUAUGUAAUGUAAAAUGUUCCAAA